AUGGCCGCGGGCGACGGGGCGCUGCGCCGCCUGCUCAGGCGGCACCGCACCGACAUCGCCAUGGCCGUGGACCGCGCCUUCCCCCUGCUGCACGCGCUGGCCGACCACGACGUGGUUCCCGAGGACAAAUUCCAAGAGACUCUGCGUAGAAAAGACGAAGAGGGCUGCCCCCAGGCCUUCCACGCACUGCUGUCCUGGCUCCUGACUCAGGGUUCAGGAGCCAUCCUGGACUUCUGGAAGGUUCUCUUCAAGGACUAUAACCUGGAGCGGUACUGCCGGCUGCAGCCCAUCCUUGACAGCUUCCCCAAAGAUGUGGAUCUCAGCCAGCCCAGGAAGAGCAGGAAGCCCCCGGCCAGCCCCAAGACCUCUGCGCUGCCUCCUAGACCCGCCACCAAGAGGAAGGCCCCAGAGGAGCCUCGGGCCACCCCACCAGCAGCCCUGACUCCAAAGGGUACCUCCAGUCAAGGCUCCCACCCGAAGGCCAAGCCCCCCAAGAAGCCAGAGGGCAACUUGGAGCCACAACGCCUCCCUCUAGGGAAUGGGAUUCAGACCAUGUCGGCUGCUGUCCAGAGAGCUGUGGCUGUGUCCUCGGGUGACGUCCAAGGAGCCCGAGGGGCUGUGGAGGGGAUCCUCAUCCAGCAGGUGUUUGAGUCAGGGGGCUCCAAGAAGUGCAUCCAGGUUGGGGGAGAGUUUUACACCCCCAGCAAGUUUGAAGACCACAGCGCCAAGAGCAAGACUCGCAGCAGCGGCAGCCUGAAGCCUCUGGUCCGAGUUAAAGGGCCCCAGGGCGCUGUCCCUGGUGGAGGUGAGCAGAAAGCUGGCCGGCAGGGUGGGGUCCCCACCCUUUCAGCCCUCCCCAGCGAGCCCCAGCUCCACCAGAAGAACGAGGACGAGUGUGCCGUGUGCCGGGACGGUGGGGAGCUCCUCUGCUGUGACGGCUGCCCGCGGGCCUUCCACCUGGCCUGCCUGUCCCCGCCGCUGCGGGACAUCCCCAGUGGCAUCUGGAGGUGCUCCUGCUGUCUCCAAGGUGGAGUCCAGCAGGGCCUGUCCCAGGCCGAGGAGCCCCGGGCCCUGGAGCUGCCCACGGAGACCCCGGUAGGACAGGGCUUGGGGCGGCGGUCAGCUGCAGAGGAGGCCAGGGGCCUGCCCAGGGAUCUUGCUGCUAGCACAGACCCGGCCCUCACCUACGUACACCUGCUCACCCCACCUUCUACGGCCCCCCUGCCCCUGCUGGAGUCUUCCACCCUGCGGCCCCUGUUGAGCGCUGGCCCUGAUGGGCAGCCGGGCCCGGCGUCCGCCGCGCGGUGCGGCGUGUGCGGGGACGGGGCGGACGUGCUGCGCUGCGCGCACUGCGCCGCCGCCUUCCACUGGCGCUGCCACUUCCCAGGGGCCAUCGCCCGGCCUGGGGGUCCCCUGCGCUGCAAGUCCUGCUCGGGAGAUGCGCCCUCCGCGCCUGGCCAAGGAGCGCCUGGCUGCAGCGCUGGCCCUGCGCUCUCAGCCCUGGGGCCCGCCAAGGUGGGGGACGACUCUGCGGGUCAUGAGCCCGCUCUGCACAGGGAUGACCUGGAGUCCCUCCUCAACGAGCACUCCUUCGACGGCAUCCUGCAGUGGGCCAUCCAGAGCAUGUCGCGUCCGCUGCCCGACACGCCGGCCUUCUCUUCUUGACCCCGGGCAACCCGAGACGGGUGGGCAGACCGACGCUCUCUCCACAUCAGUGGAUGCAGCUGAGUCACCGGACACCUGCUCUGAGAGGACGGCGGGGGACAUGCUCGGUCAUCCUGGCAGCGGUGCC